AAAGAGAAAAAGAAAGGGAGAGAUCAAUACGCAGAGAGAAAAAAACACAAGAAAUUGCAUAGAUAGAGAUAUGGGCAACAGUCUGAGGUGUUGUUUGGCUUGUGUUCUUCCUUGUGGAGCUCUGGAUUUGAUCCGUAUAGUGCAUUUAAGUGGCUACGUGGAGGAAAUUGCUAGACCAGUCACCGCCGGCGAGAUCCUCCAGGCCCAUCCGAACCAUGUACUCAGCAAACCCUGCUCACAAGGCGUCGUCCGGAAAAUUCUAAUCCUAUCGCCGGAGUCCGAGCUCAAAAGGGGCAGCAUAUACUUCCUAAUUCCGGCGACGUCGCUGCCGGAGAAGAAGAGAAGUGGCAGUGGCAGCAACCCCAAGAAGUCCUCCAAGAAGAGUAGUAGAAAGUGCAACACUGACGUUGGUUCAACGGAAAUGAUCUCUGAAAAGAAGUCCUCACGCCGGGAUCGCCGGAGCAGCGGCCGGGUCGGAGUAUGGCGGCCUCAUUUAGAGAGCAUUUUGGAAGACUGAUAACUUUUUUUUUGGGUCGCCGGAAUCUGAGAUUCCGGGGAAUAUAUCACAUGAAUGGUUCAAUUAUAUAUAUAUAUAUGGUUGUGCUACGUUUUUUUAAUGUACGUGGGACUAUUGGAAUUGGUUAUGUGGAUAAAUUUUCACUUUGUUCGAUCGCUUUGCUGCUUCGGUCUGCUUACAAUUAAUAAUAGCAGAUUUGGAGAUCCACUUUUUUUUAUGAGAAAAUCGUCUAUUCUCCCGAGAAAAUUACAGCAACAAGCUGAUCAAAACCUGUGUCUCCUUUGUACUCAUGUCAUGGAAAUGUAAGUAAUCAAAGUCACUAUAUUUGUCUC